UGUAAACAAGCGGGAGAGAAGGCGUUUGAAGAUGCCGUUAGUUAUCAUGUCGCUUUUAGGAUUAUUAUAACACUUGGAAGAAAGUAGAAAAUGACGCGCAUUGCCGCCCUGAAUGACUGGUCCCUCGGGAGCAGUGAGGAAGAGGAGGUUGGGCCAACAAGGGAGGUUCUGGAGGCAGAGGCAGCAAAAUGCUACAAUGAUGCUGUCAGAUACUUGGCGCAUGGACAGCUCGACCAAGCUCAAGAACAGUUCCUUAGGGUCAUCAACAAUCCUUAUAUUGAGAAAGCAUGUUGGCCAGAGGGUAUAGAGCCAGGAGGAGUCCUACCUCAGGACUUAGCGCUCAAGUACUCCUGCCUGAAAAACCUGGGUAACCUGGCAACAAGGAAAGGAGAACACCAGCAAGCUGUAGAUUAUUAUUUAGAGGCUGUGAGAUUAGACCAUACAGAAGUAACACUUUGGCAACGUCUUGGUGCAGCGGCAAUCAAAAUUAAGGACUUUGAGCUGGCGUUAGUUGCCUUCCAAGAGGGUCUCACAGUAAAUCAGAAGCAUUGGCCAUGUCUGGAUCAGUUGCUGUCCGUUCUUUUCAUCCUUCAAAUGUACAUGGACUGCCUUGGUCUUAUUAUCAAUGCUCUCCAGCGUGAUCCAGGUUAUAUAAAGGCCCAUGCUUUCAAAGACAGAAUAUUUGAGCUUCAGCCGUCGUUGCAAGAAGACGUGAAACACUUCUUUAGUAACAGUUCCCUUUUAUUCAAAACUGUGGAAUAUGACAAAGAAAAGGGCGACAAAUUUAUAGCAACUUGUGAAUCACUUCGUCCUCCAAACAAGACUCCCCGACCUCCUUCUCCACUCCAACUCCAGAUGUUGCGCAAGCCACUGCCGAAGCUGUCCUGGGAAAAUCUAGCACAGUCACUAAUUACAACUUACGAUGAACUCAUUGAAGCAAAUCCCAUGGAAUUUGCUGCAAAAAUUGACCUUUUUGAGGCACUUAAACGAAAGGAUGACCAGCCUGAAGAUGACCAAGAAAUGGAGAUAGAAAAUGGAAAAUUUGCUGAGGAAGUUGAUGGUAUUGAGAAGAUAUGCAAUGGAGAGGAUAAUGAAAACAAAGAAGGCAGUGAAAAUUCAGAACGGAAAAAGUUGGCAAAUGAAGAUGAGAAGAGUGAGGCAGGGAGAGACGAAAAGAGCAACCCAGUGACCAAAGGGACAGAUGGAUCGCAGUCAAGCCCUCCGCGCAUUUCUAGUCGUCGACAGACAAUUGAACUAGGGGAGAGCCAAGAUUCUUUCCGAGUAAGUGAGAAGAGGAGGUCAGUUGAUAGUGAUACCUUCUCGAAAUCUGAAGAUGAGUUAAAGUUGAAUGAAGACGGACAAGAAAAAGAGGCAAAGACAGGGGACAGAACUGAAGAAGCAACAGGUGUUGUUAAAUUAGAGGUAAAUGCAAAUAAAGAGAAUAAAGACUUUGUUGAAGAUUGUGUGCCAAGCAAAACAUCUGUCAAAAAAUCCAGCAUUUCUGGAGUCAAAGAAGAACACAAAGAAAGUCCUCAAGAUGGAGUGAAGAAAGAGAAUAGUGAAUCAGAAAGAACAGACCUUGUUGAUUCUUCUCAGCAUUCAAGGUCAAGAAAGCACAGUGAGGUUGAAAAUGAAUUUGAAGGCUUUGAAGAAAGCAAAGAAAAUGUAAAAAAAGAAAUGGAUUCUAGUGAAGCAAAAACUCAAGUGUUAGAUGCCCAAAAAAUGUGUAAUGAAAAACUGCAAGAAAGUUUGAAUAAAGCAGACUAUGACAUGCAAAAAGAAAGAAAAGCAAGCUCUGCUGCAUUCCAGGAGACAGACAAUACCAAUGAAAAGUUUCCUGAGAGAGAGGAAAGGAGGGAAGAGGUUGAAGAGAAAGCUCCACUAGAUGCGGAGAAGAAUGGCCAAAAUAGGGAAGAAAAAGGUGAGCCCCCUCAGACUGAAGAGGAGGAGGAGGAGGACAGAGAUGAUAUGCAAAAGCAGGCAAACCAAGAUGGAAAGAGUAUGGAUAUGUUAGAAGAUAUGGAGAAUCUUAAUCAUGAGAAGGAUGGAACUUCUCAAAAUGAGGGCAUUGAACUUGAUAAUGCUAAUGGGAUCUGUGAUGAAGAGGGACUUUUAGACAGAACCACAUUAGAAGAAGAAGUAGGGAUGGAAGAGCAAGGGGAAGAAAUAGGAGAUGAUGGAGCAAUAGAAAAUGUGGAGAUGUAUCACGAAGAAGAGGAAGGACUAGAUGAAAGUGAAAUGGAACAUGGAGUGACUGAAACAGAAGCUGCUGUUAAUGCUUUGAAAGGGAUAAUGGCUCUCCAGCCUACUGAGAUCCUUGGCCUCCCAGAGCCGGAUUUUGUAUACGAUACGGAGUAUGUAGAGUACUUUGAUGGUGGUGUGUAUGAAGAAGAUGAAGAAUUGGACCAGGAAGGUAUUGAUCAUGAAGAAAACAUGUGUGAAGAUGAAGCAAUGGAACAAGAGGGAAUGGAACAGGAGGAGCAUCAUGAGGCUCAUGACAUGCAGGGUGAUGUAGAUCAGGAAGGGAUUGAUCAUGAGGAAGAGGAAGCCAUAGAGCAGGAUGGAAUGGAUCAGGUGCAAGAAGAAAGCCAAGGAGAUCAGAAUAUACAACAAGGCCAAGAAGUUGUCUCUGAAGAGGUAAGUACUGGUCAAGAUGAUAAUCAUGAAAAUCAUGAGGGACAGGCAGACAUUGAUCAAGAGUGUGUUGAGCACCAAGAAGCUGUUGGAAAUGAGGAAUGUGAUCAGGAAGAGGAUAUUGAAGAGGAUAUUGUAGAAGAUGGCAGCCAUGAAGAUAAUGUGGAGCAAGAGGAAGAUAUUGAACAAAUGGAAGGUACUGAUCAGGAGGAUGAAAUACAUGGACAGGAAGAAUGCAAUGAACAGGCAGGAGAAGAGGAAGUGCAUGACCAAGAAGAACACCAGGACCAAGAAGGAGAAGAGGUCCAUGACCAAGAAGAUGAGGAAGAAGAGGAGGAAGAAAAUGAACAAGAAGAACCAGCUCCUGCUGAGGAAGAUUUGGAAAUGCAGGAGGAAGCUAAUGAAGAGUAUGAUGGGAAUGAGAAGAAUGAAGAAACAGAAGAUGGGGAAAUGGAGGAAGAAGAAGCUGCAGAAGAAGAACCAGGUAAUGAGAGCCAGGAGGGAGAAAUAGUAGCAGAGGCAGAAAAAGAAAAGGAGAAAGAUGAUGUUGAAGAUGAAAAAGAGGAAGAUCCAGUCAGAAAGAUAGAAGAUGAGAAUAAAAAUUCAGAAGAAUCCAUGGAAAACCAGGAAGAGCAGCUCAAAGAAAAGACAGACAAAGAAAACAAAGUAAGUGACAUGGAGAAAGCACAAGCUUAUACAACCGACGAAAACACAGCAUCAGAGACAGAUAAAGCAGGUGAGGUUCGGACACCAAGGAGUACAGCAAGUGGGAGGAAGCCAAGGCGGCCCAAGCGGGGUCUGGAGAGAGAAUUGGAACAGCUUGACUACUGGGGCAGACGACUAGAACGGGAUGCCAAAAGGCGACGAAGGACCAUCUCUUCUAAGUUGCUUGGAAGUGUGGAGGAAGCAGAAUAUUUGACCUGGGCAGAUCUGCUGCGUAGUUUUAUUCCCAACUCACUUUUGACAACUAACCCAGAUGCAAAAAGGAAAACUGGUCCUGAUGCCCAGCCUGUUAGUAACUCAUCUAGCCAAGAUUCCAAAUUUCUAGUUCCUUCAGUGGAGCAGUCUCAGAACUCCAAAUCAGUUCCGAUGGCUAAUCACUUGGCCUCAUCCGCUUCAGUUUCUCAGCCAUCAUUUAAUAAGGAAGCUGAGGUGAAGACAGAUAUGAGUUCAGCACCUACGAAAGUUCAAGGUGAAACCCAGAAGACAGAUACGAGUUCAGCUUCUGCGAAAGUUCAAGGUGAGACCCAGAAGACAGAUACGAAUUCAGCUCCUGCGAAAGUUCAAGGUGAGACCCAGAAGACAGAUACGAGUUCAGCUCCUACGAAAGUUCAAGGUGAUUCUGGGUCAUCCAAGACUCUGAGUGCAGAUGCAGUUAAUUCUGAGGGUGAAGAUAAGAAAGAAGUGUCAGCCAGUAGUUCACCGCAAGAACCAGAGAAAAGUUUGACUCCCGUAGUUAAAUCUACAACAGAAGAACCAAAGAAGGAAGGAGCAGAAAUUGCUGAAUUAAGUUCUAGUUCAUUAAAAGCACAAGAAGGGGAUGAAGGCAACUUAUUGGAAGACAGUGGAAAGAAGACGAAGGAUGUAGCAGAUGCGGAAGACAGAAAAGACAGUGGAAAGAAGACAAAGGAUGUUGCAGAUGCGGAAGACAGAAGGUUAUCUGUGGAUGAUAAAGAGGAUAAAGAAACUGAUAUGGAAGUUAUUGAAGAUAGCCUAGCAACAGUGAAAAAGAAUCGCAAAGAAAAGAUCUUUUCUUCAUCAACAGAGGAAGCACAAGUGGAAGCAUUUAUGCUUUAUUAUGAAGAGAAUGGAGGCAUCCUACACCUUCUUCAGCAGUUUAUGCUUGUUCUUUUGAAACGGUAUGAGCACAAGUGGCCGGCUGCAGCUGCUAAAAUGUACACAGAGAUAUAUCCUAGAGUGAGAAACCAUGUGUUUCAUAUCCCCGCCCUUAGCAUGAAAGAAGAUUGCAGACAGCUUUAUCAAGACUCCAUGAUCUCGCUUACACAUUGGGAACUGAUGGUCAGCCUUUAUCAAGCAUCAAAGCUAAACACUCCCGUCAAAGAUCAGAGCACUCUUCCAAACCCCUUUGUUGAUAGUCCCGAGCAUCUUGAAGACGACAUGCUCCACCUGACGCUUAUGCUCGGCCGUGGAGACGUCUGGAUGGAAGAGACCCCUCAGUUUCAUACGAGGUUGCGUUGGCUUCAGGCCCAGUUGAGGCUUUGCAGCGGGAAGUCAGAGGAUGCGGCAAUUUAUAUGGAAUUGCUUUUGUCAGAUCUUGAACGUUUGUCAGAUAAUGGUGAGGAAUAUGUUGUUCAGCGGACUUGUGUCAUGGAUGAUCAGAGUGUGGUAUGCAAUUCUGAAGUUAAAAGGCACCUUAACCUUCUGCAAAGAUCGCAGAUGUUGGAGCAAGUGGUUGACAAUUAUACAGAUGGACGUUAUAGGGUGGUGGCAGAUCUCCUUAUAGCCAUCUUUCACGAACCACUUCCGAAGGCUCGUCCUGGGGUCACAUUGCCAACCAGACAGACGCAGCUUGUUAUCCUCAUUGAUUCGCUCUUUAAGCUGAAUGACCAGAAGGGUGUGAUAACGUGGGGAUCGCACGCUCUGACAGAAGCUUUGAAACGUUUCAAUCGUGCAGAAGCAGAAGAAGAGAAAAACAGGUGGGCAAAGACCCUUAUGAAAAUUACUGAGCGUUCGUAUACGACAAUUACAAAGAAUGCUGGUGUAGUGGAAGAAGUUGCGCAUGAAAAUAUAACCCAGAUGGUCUCCACCUUGACGCUGAUGUUAGUGAUCCAGCUGGAGAAGCCACAGAGUGCAGAAGACCUUCCUUUUGAUACGCUAACUCCCUGGAUCCUCUUGCAUAGGAUCUUAACGUAUGAAGAGCGUCGUCAAGAGAAGAUCAGUAAAACAAAAGAUCCUAAGGGGGUUCUGGACAAGAAAGCGGAAGAGAGUGCCAGAAAGGAGACAAGCAGUGAUAAGGAUUCCAAGGAAGAGAAAACGAAUGAUGAGCAAAUGGAGGUAGACAUCACAGGCAGCGAAGGGAGCAGCGAGAAGUCAGGCCAGAAAUCGAACGAGUCAUCCAAGCCUUUAGAUGCUAGCUCUGAAGUCCAAGAAGAGAGUGACAAAAGCGAAGUGGCAGCAGAGACUAAAAUAGAAGGAGUAAAUGAAGAGUCCGCAAAAGUCGAAGAAACCUCUUCUACAGCUAAGGGUCCAAUAGGGCCAUACCCCUCUAGCCUCUUCUUAAUUACUGCCCACGAUGAACUUGGCAAGCAUUCCUGGUGCUGUGCAGAUGACGGUGUGUUCUUGCUCUACUGCUUAGACGUCUUAAUCGAGGAGCUGAAUCGACCAAUCGAAGGCCAGCACAGGCAGCUUUUACACCAUGCGCUUGAACAAGUAUCCUUCUGUCUCUAUUCCCAUCCUUCAAAGAAGUCAAAGCACAAACAUCUUCGCGACCAUGGAGUUCCUCAAAUUGCCCUGUGCUGGGAGAGAGCACUUCAGCUGUAUCACUAUUAUGUUCCGAAGGAGUUGCCAACCUUCCAGUCGUCACAGAUACCAUCCAUUACAGAUGAUGUGGCAGCAUUGUUUAAAAGAAUUAUUGCUCUUCUUCCUGACGAAGACAAACCAGAGAACCAGACAGAAGCUGUUGAAGCAUACAUUUGUGGAGGAAACCAGGAGUGUGAUUUUGUUCCCUUCAAACCAUCCACAGACAUUGUUGAUUGCUACUAUCUGCUUGGUGAUUAUUACUUCAAGAACAAAGAGUGGACGAAUGCCAUCAAAUAUUACAAGCUAGAUGUCUCUAUCAAUGUAGAUCGACUGGACUCCUGGGCACCGCUUGGUUUGGCCAUGAAAGCCAUGCUGGAAACACAGCUAAAUUCCUGUGAAGUGAUUCAGGAUGAGGAGGAAUUUUUCUCUUUGGCACAACAAGCUGUGCAGUGUCUGAAGCAAGCUCUGAAGUUAGACGAGUACCACACAAACCUUUGGGUUGAGUUUGGUGGCCUUGUCUACAUGGUCCAUUCACAUGCCUCUAGACUUCUGAAACAAGAUCUGAAUCCAGAUAUUAGCCUUGAAACAUUUGAGAUGCUUGAGAAACUAAAGGGUGAUAUGCUGAACGAGGCAGAGAGAUGCUUCACUCAGGCCCUGAACAUACAAGAGGAAGGCUGGGAUGAUGACAGCUUACCAGAUGAGAGAUGGCUGCACUGCUAUAUGCUGGGUAAAAUUUCUGAGAAGCAAGGGAAGGCACCGCAGACCAUAUUGCAGAAGUAUCUUGAGGCAAGUAAGCAUCUCCAUCAGAUCCAAGCCAAGUAUCCGGUGAAGAUAAAUUACAACAGCCCGCAAGAAUAUUCAGUGGAAGCCCUAGAAAUGUACUACCGUGCUCAUGCAUACAUGCUGAAGUACUUACUGCAGAGAGAAGGUAAGCCCGUUGAUGAGGGUGUGAUUAAGUAUUUCAUAAAGGUUUUGGAUGAGCUGGCAAACGGACCAUUUGCCAGUUGCCAGGAAAAGAAGAAGUCCAGUGACGACGUGAACGUGACAGUAGUUGAAGGAGAAGCUGGACAGGACAAAGCCAAGGAGCCAGCUGCCAUGGAAGCAUCUGACAAAGAGGGAGAGUCGAGGAAGAGGCCCUUAGAGGAAGAUGGUUCUGCUAAUGAACCGCCUGCCAAGAAGAUGCUAAGUGGACAGGAAUCUGAGGAAGUGAGAUCUGUCAUAAAAGAAGUGGUCAAUGAUAUAAUUAGCGAUGCUGCUGCCAAGUCGGACGAUGCUAAAAAGGAAGAUGAAAGCAAGAAAGAAGGGGCAGUGAAUGGCCAGGAUGGAAAUAAAGACAGUAAAGAGGCACCAGAGAAGACAGCAACGGAAAAUGGCGAGGUUAAGGCAACAAAACCAAAGGAUAUGAAAGAAAGUGACGAUGAGAUCCUUGUGGUGGAAGAGAAAGUGAUUGAGAAGAAGGACCACCUGACGGUCAUAUCUCGAUGCCUGGCUGCACUAAAACUGUGCCUUUCUAGAUUCCCUCAGCACUACAAGGCUCUUUACCGCCUGGCUCAGUAUUACCACACAUCAAAAUUCCAUAAGGAUUCAGGCCGAGCACGCAAUUAUUUACUCGGCUGCGAAUUCUGGCAGCGAGUUGGAUACAUGCCUGUGAAUGGGUUGUUCAACGAGCGCAAGGUGUGGAUCCAGCAGCCAAAGAACUCCAACUUGUUCCAUGGGAUCUGGCGCAUCCCCAACGACGAGGUGGAUCGGCCGGGGAGCUUUGCCGCCCACAUGUACCGGUGUGUGUCAAUUACCCUCGAUAUUUUACCCCAGAUGAAAGAUUUCUUCACCAUUCUGGAAAUAGCGCUGGCCUUGAAGAAUUCGCCGGACAAAGACAAGAAAUACUUGAGAGACAACGAGCGUGAACUCCUCUCGGAACACGCGACGCAGGUGGGAUUGCAAGCCAUGAAGGACAAGUACAAAGUGCUUUUCCAAGGAGCGUCGCCCGUGCACGGAAAUCGUCGCAUGGCCUUCCUUCUGGAUGUCUAUCGAGGCUACAAGCAAAUAAGCAAGCACCUGCAAGGUUCAGAACCUCAUCUGGCUAAGAUGCUUUCAGAGGCGUAUGUCGCAUAUAGAGGGUUGAAAGCAGAUGGCCGUGCAAAUAUACUGAGGGAGGCGGAGUCGUUCUGUAAUAGGAACCAGUACCUCCAGCACCGCGUCCCGACGACAGCAGUGGCCGGACAGGCUAGCAGAGGAGAUGCUACGGGGACUCCCAUGAUCUCACGAAGAGGACGUCCCCCUGGAACAGGACGGGGACGAGGGAGAGGACGUGGCUCUUUUUACAGUUCUCGUCAGUCUGGCGACCUGCUGGCGGUGCAGCAAGCGUACAAGAUCUACGAAAGCUUAAUUCACGCACAGACACUGCUGAACAACAAGGAUCUCGAUCGGGCUUCGGCGUAUACCUACCAGAAACAGCUGGAACAUUAUCAGACACAGUUACUGAAGUAUUUGCAUAUACCAAGCGUAUCUCAGUAUUUCCAAGCCUCCUUGCAGGGACUAGGGACUGCGGCAGCCAAAUUACCGCCCCCGCCAAAAGGUGCAGAAACCACCGUUGCUGCAGCUACCACUGCUGCUGCUGCUGCUCGUGCUGCAGUGCCAGGCACUGCUCGAGCCGCCACCACAGCAGCAGCUCAGUUACUUCCCACAAUGAAAGAGCGAACAGGUCAGCCGUCUCAGUCAGGGGCGACAAAGCCUUCUCUGAGUGCCUUAGCUCAGAGGUCGCACGCUCAUGGCAUAUCCAUCACAUCUGUCUCGGCUUCAAAACAGUCCACGUCGCCAGGGAAAUUACUGAAGCCUAAUAUGUCAGUCACAGUUAGUCCGGCCAAGAGUGCUUGUCCGCCAGCGUUACAGGGUCGGGGUGAUAUAUCAGUAGUGUCUGUCUCUCGUCCCCAAAGUAACAACAGGACAACCACAACCACCACGUCCCCGAGGGUUUCAGCCAGUGGGACAGUUACGGUCACACAGUCAUCAACGGAUAGCAGAUCGAUUACCACCACAAUUAAUACAAAGUCGAUCACCACCACAACGGUAGGGUCUGUCCCGAAACUUCCCGCUGGAACCACGCUUACGAGACCUGGUGACUCUACGCCCCCCAAAGGGUCGGCGCCACGUCCUCAGUUGCAAGCACAAGCACGUCCUGUCAAGAACGUGUCAGAUGUUCUUGAUAGUUUGCCAGGAUCAAUGAGGAAGAUGGCCGCGGAAAUUCUUAGCAGCAGUGGAACCUCGGUGACCCGGGCAACAGUGCCAACGGGGACGCAGAUUCGCACCUCCCCCGACAAGGCGAGCAGGCCGAGUGUGACCAAGGAAACGACGAUCACUCCGGCUCCCCGAGUGAAGAGUCAGGGCCGUGGUCCGGGUCCGCAAGCGAAAAACCCGUCGUCAUUCCUAGGGGCAUACCAAGCAUCCCUUGGCAUCGCAGGAAGCAAAAUGAGUGGAGCAGCCAGAGCGCCCGCGAGCACUGCGACGCCGAGCUCUGUUACGCUGGAGUCUGCCAGACGCGCCCAGCCUUCGCAGGCGGCCGGCAAAGCCCGUAUUACGCAGCUGAAUUCGUCGCAGUUGAUGCACCUGGCGUACGGAGGAGCAGGGCGAGGCGCUGCAUCAGAUAACAUCUCUGACCUGAUAAGGGAAAUAGCAAAGAACCAGCAGCCAGUGGGAGGCCAUGGACGGGCUCAGGCAGUCACCGUUCAGAGAGCACAGGGCGUCGCUCUCCAGCGUCCUCAAACCUUACCAACCCAGAGACCUCCGCAGCCGAGACCCCUUCCACAGGCUAGACCUGCUCCUCCGCAGGCCAGACCAGCUCCUCCUCAGGCUAGACCAGCUCUUCCACAGGCCAGACCAGCUGCUCCUCAGGCGAGACCAGUUCCUCCUCAGGCGAGACCAGUUCCUCCUCAGGCGAGACCAGUUCCUCCUCAGGCGAGACCAGCCCCUCAAGUUCGAGCGCCCCCGCCCAAGCAACUCCAGAAGCCUAGCCCUCCGAAGCCCACGCAGUUUAAACCCGGCCAGGGAGGGGCGGCGGCCGGGUCAGACGAUAUAAUAACGCUAGAUUAACUCUUCAAAAAUCGCUUUAAGCAGAUUUUUUUUAGGUAGAUGAAUAGCUUCUUCUAGAUGCAGAAGAUAGCGAUCUGUAUAUACGAAUAGUUUCCGAUUUUCGCCUUGAAUUGUCUUAAAAACUGCUGUGAGAAGUGUUUUGUGUAAUACAUGCUUGAUAAUGAUGACCUGUAUGUAAGUCCUACACCCAGUGAAUAAUAAAUGUAAGAACUAUAAGCCAAA